GUGGGGGAGCUCUGGAGUGGGGGUAGCGGUCGCGUAUCAAGUUGCUCUCUGUCCCCACAGAGGAAGCGAGGACGCUGAGCUUCCCUCAUGGAGCCCACCCAGCCAUCAGAGGACCUCAUCCGGACCCAGCAGCCACCUGCCCCGGAAUUUGGGGACCCUGAAGACCCCGGGGAUGAAGCCCCCGAUGGCUCAGAUACUGUGGUCCUUAGUCUCUUUCCCUGUACCCCAGAGCCCGGGAAUCCUGAACCGGAUGCCAGCGUCUCCUCACCGCAGGGCAGCUCCCUGAAGCAUUCCACGACCCUCACCAACCGGCAGCGGGGGAACGAGGUGUCAGCCCUGCCAGCCACCCUAGACUCCCUGUCCAUCCACCAGCUCGCAGCCCAGGGGGAGCUGAGCCAGCUAAAGGAGCACCUGAGGAAAGGUGACAAUCUUAUCAACAAGCCAGAUGAGCGUGGCUUCACCCCCCUCAUCUGGGCCUCGGCUUUUGGAGAGAUUGAGACUGUCCGCUUCUUGCUCGAGUGGGGUGCUGACCCCCACAUCCUGGCCAAGGAGCGGGAGAGCGCCUUGUCACUGGCCAGCACAGGUGGCUACACGGACAUUGUGGGGCUGCUGCUCGAGCGUGAUGUGGACAUCAACAUCUAUGACUGGAAUGGUGGGACGCCACUGCUGUAUGCUGUGCGUGGGAACCACGUGAAGUGCGUUGAGGCCUUGCUGGCCCGAGGCGCUGAUCUCACCACUGAGGCUGAUUCUGGCUACACCCCAAUGGACCUUGCCGUGGCCCUGGGAUACCGGAAAGUGCAACAGGUGAUCGAGAACCACAUCCUCAAACUUUUCCAGAACAACCUGGUGCCCAGCGACCCUGAGUAAAGGCCACCUGCUGGGGACUCAGACACUCAGGGAACUAAACGGUCAGCCCAAAGCUGGGGGAACCCAGAACUGGCUUCAAAGGCAGCUCCUGGACAGGUGGUGGGGGGUACCCUUCCCAAGAAGAACCAAUAAACCUUCCAUGUAGAACUUGAA